CAUAAAAGAAAAAAAUCAUCUAUAAUUGUGAUUUGGCGUUUUGAGCGGGAAGCGAUGGAGGGAAAAGUGGCGAAUUAGGUGAUCUAAGGUACGUUUAGCGAAAACCAGAGAAAAACGCUGCUCCUGCUUUUCUAUGGAAAUGGAAACCAAGAACCGACUCCCUGCAGCUCACAUUGUCGCGUCGAACGAGUCGCCCGAAUUCGGCCGCCUGAAUUGGGUCCUGGCUCGUUCUUCAGUAAUCGGGCUCGAUGCGGAGUGGAAACCCCUCAGAACCCAACAAUCCGCCUUCCCAAAUGUGUCGCUCCUCCAACUCGCUUGUCAACUCAGGCCUGAACUCCGCUCCGACUCGGCGGCGGCGGAGGAGGAGGACGCGUCGGUGGAGGUUUUCCUGCUUGACCUUGACUCGAUUCCCCUGCCUUCCAUAUGGGAAUUGAUGAAGGAAGUAUUUACUUCUCCGGAUAUAUUGAAACUGGGAUUCAGGUUCAAGCAAGAUUUGGUCUACUUGUCCUCAACCUUCUGCUCCCAUGGUGGUUGUGAUCCUGGGUUUGACAAGGAAGUUCUUCUCAAGUUGUAAAUGGGCUGGAUACUCUGCAUAUUGGGUUGAAAGAAGUUCUUGAGCAAGAUGAAAGUGGUAAUAAACAUAUGAGGAUUAGAACUUAUGAAGCUUUGGCAAUAGUUAGGGCUACUGAUUCUCAAUGUAGAUUUGGUAUUACAGUCUGUGAUGUGAAAGCUGAAACGAAAUGCAGGUGAUCGAGACCUUUAAUCUAAAGAUCAGCGAAAAUCAGCUGAUGUCGAGGUGCACCAAGUGCAAUGGGAAGUUUAUCAUCCAAAAGCCACUAACAACAGAAGAGGCAGUUGAAGCUGCAAAAGGUUUCCAAAAGAUACCCAACUGUUUGUUCAACAAAAAUCUGGAAUUUUG